AUGGAGUGGUUCAAGGGCGAAGUCUCGGACGCAAUUAAAUCCGUGAAAGAAGAGUCCAAAUUACUACUAGUUUUUAUUAAAGGGACUGACGAGGACUCUAGCUUUGUCUCCACCCAGUUCGACGACCAGGUUGGGGAAGUUUGUUGUAAUGUUGUGUGCCUUCAGUUAGAAGCUUCUUCUCAUGCUGCUGUUCAGUUUUCAGCAGUUUAUGCAGUCCUUACUGUUCCUUGUAUUUACCUCAUUGGUUCCACUGGGCAAGUAAUAGAUAUAAAGCUGGGUCGUAUUGAGAGUAAAAGUUUAGUGGACUGGAUAAAAAAGUCAGGAUUUGGACCAGUUAAUAACGUGAACUCAACUACUGCAAGCAAUAUAUCCGAGAAUGAGCUGCAUGAUGACACCGAACAGACUUUUAGAUCAGAUAUGAUAGAGCCAUCAGUGUCAUCUAUGUCGGAGACUCAAAUUAGAAGUUGUGAACGACCUUUGGAAGAACGAAUAGAACGCGCUUAUCAACUAAUUCAGACUCAAAUACAACGCAAAGAAGAGGAAAUUAGUAAAAAGUCUGUUGAAGCCGAGAUUAAACGCCGAGAAGUAGGGAAAGCCAUGAAUGAGUUUAAGGAACGUCAAAAGCAAAAGGAAAUUGAUGAAAUUCUAGCUGAACGUCGUAAAGACGAGGCGGAAUCACGCAGACGACUGGAACAGUUGCGUCAACAGAUCGAAGAGGAUCGCAAAGCAAGGGAAGAAAGAUGGUCACGAAUGUAUGGUUCACAAUCUAAAAUAUCUAGUAAUUCAGUUCAUCCUCCACAAGAAUUUCUUAAAAGUUCAUCUUACUCAGAUGAGGUUCGGUUACAGUUAAAAUCAUUAGAAGGUGGUCGUGUAAUUCAUCGAUUCCCCUCUACGGCGACUAUUUACGAUGUACGAAAUUGGCUUCAAGAGUUGGUGUCCUGUGAUUUCCAAAUGGUGGAUAACUAUCAAGUUUUAAGUGAAACUGACCGUAAUAACUUUAAAAAUGUAGUCUUGCAAGGAUUUCGGUUUCUGCAGUUAUAUCCUAAAAGGAUCUUGAGACCAGAAGACGAAUCUCAGUCAUUAAGAGAACUUGGUUAUUAUCCAUCAGCUGCAUUGUUUCUUGUAUUAAACAAAUCUAAUCAAGCUAUCACGCGUUCAAAUGAUGGAAUCGUGUCCCAGUUUUACAAUAUUAUCAGUUCAGGCUUCAGCACUACUUAUGGUUUAAUUGGUUGGGCAGUAAGUGGAUUAUAUUCGUUGGGACAGAGUCUUGUAUCCAGUCUGACAGGUUCUCGCACUCAGCAAUCUAAUAGUAAUCCUCCUGGAAAUACUGUACCUCCAAGUGGUUCAAAACAAAAUCGUUCUGUAAGACGUCAAGGUAAUGUUGCUCGUCUUUCGCACAUGCCUGAUAGUUCGGAUGAUGAACAAGCCCGAUGGAAUGGAAAUUCCACAGAACAACUGUGA